AUGCUUCACCUCACCACCAACAAUCUCCCCACUAGAGUGGGGCUAAAUUACAGAAACUGUGGGAAAAUAUUCAACCUCCACAGCCUUCAAGCCAAAACCAAAGUCACCCCGACCAGUGUCAUCGAGCUGUGGUAUGCAGGUGCUGCUUGUGCAUGUACGUUUUCCGAGGAUGCAUUCCAGACCAUUGUCAGCACCUUUGCGGAGGUGUAUGAGAGCGUGGCAAGACCGCCUGGCAUUGUGGACCAAACCUUUGAUCGUCAAGGUCCAUUGGUGUACCAGGAUCCUGUGAGAUUGCCUUGUCUACACAGUUUCUGUUUGAAAUGUAUUGAGGGAGCUUGGGCCCAGACACCAGGUUCAGGAAAGUUUGUGUGUCCUCAGUGUCGGCAAAUAUUCAACCGCAAGCCCAAUUUGGAGAGAAAAGCCACAGAGGGAAUAAGCCUGAUCAAGUUUUUGGAGGAUGCAGAAAACAUUUUGCAAGGUCUACCUCAGGUUGCCACUUACCCAGAUGGCAUCUCCAUAUCAGGGUCGAAUAAUAAGGAACACUUCGAGAAGUUGGAUAUAGGCCUCAGAGCUGUAAUCGAUGAGCAGGAGUCUGAUGUAGGUGUCCAUGUUGACCAGAUGUUAGUAAAGUUAGAGAAAGAAUUUGAGAAGAUUGAUGACAUCCAAAGGAAUUGUUCCAGCAAAAAGGAAGAAUUGGAGAGAUCAGAAGCUGAAAUAAAGACACAAAUCAGUGAGAUUAAAGAAAAGUUAUCAAAGAACUUCUCUGAAUGGAGGAGAAAGCUGAAUGAAGAUGAAGAAUUCACCAUGAGAGUGAUUGAUGAGGAGGGACUCCAAGCUCUCUCUCAGAUUCAAAGCUGUUCUGAAGCAUUAAAUCACAAGAUGGAACAGAUUGCAUUAAUAGAUGAAGAAAUAAAGAGUUUCUUGCAGAAGGAUCCUCUCUCCAUUAUUCAGAACUCGACGCAGCUGAUUUCCAGAGUUAAAGAGACAAAGAGAAUCACAGAGCCAGAUGUUCCAGUGGUCAUCAUCAACCUGUCCAAUAUAUCUCAACAACUCCAAAAGAAGCUGAAGGGAUGGGAAAUGUACCACGCAGACAUAUUGGGAGCCAUCAGGAAUAGCCCAUUGAACCUGGAUCUGAAAACAGCAAACUUCAACUUGAUUCUGUCCAAUAAUCUGCGAUCUGUAACGUGGACUGGACAGGAACAACCCUAUCCACCUCACCCCCAGAGAUUUAAGGACUGUCCCCAAGUUCUCUGCUCCCAGAGUUUCAGCUCAGGUUCCCAUUCCUGGGAUGUACAGAUUGAUGGGAAUGAAUGGGGUGUAGGGAUUGCGUAUGAAAGUUUGGACAGGGAGGGGAAAUCAUCUUAUCUGGGAAAGAACAGUAAAUCCUGGAGUUUAGAUUGUGGUUAUAUUAUUCCUGACUACCUAUGGGCCCGGCACAAUUCCCAGUUCACCCUCCUCCCAUCAAUCCAGUUUAACCCUAGGAUCCGAGUUCAAUUGGACUAUGAGGCUGGGACUUUGUCAUUUCAUCAGGUCACUGACUCAUUGACACAUUUACACACUUUUCAAACCACAUUCACCGAACCCCUGUUUCCAGCAUUUUAUUGUUAUUGGAACACAUCCAUAAAACUGCUCAUUUAA